UUCGGGGCAGAGGAGUGAGGUUGCGGCCAGCAUGGAGCCCAAGGUGAUCUGCGUCCUGGUCAUGGCCUUGGCGCUGGCGCUCAGCAGCCUGGCACAGAGCGAGGGCGAGACAUGUCAGGUGCACCCCAACAGCAGAUCAAAUUGUGGUUAUUCCGGGAUCACGGCGACGGAUUGUGAAAAAAAAGGCUGCUGUUUUGACAACAAAGUCAUGGGAGUCCCCUGGUGCUUCUAUCCCGAGCCCGUUGGUGACCCUACAGACGAGGAGUGCUAGUGUCAGACACUUUCCCAGCGGGACCCGCGUCCGGAGCGGGCAGGGGCCUCUGCCCGCCUGGCACCAGGAGCUCAGCCCCAUCGCUGGCCGGACGUUUUGGGGUCCUCUCUGCCUGAACUCACCGCCUGGAUUUUCUGCUCUGAUUUCCUCAUCCUCAAAAUUGGCCUAAAAAU